CUUGCAUGGCAAAGCCUCGCUUGUUUGUCUAUAAGUCUGUACGAGUGGGUUCACACUUCACAUCAAGAAAUUGAUAGCCAACAAAUAUAAGAAGAGGAGAAGGGACAAGAGAGAGAGCAACGGAUGGAAAAGAAGAAAGGUUACUUGGCGAUGAGGACGGAUCAAGAAAUGGCAAGUGGAUUGAUUACUUCUGAUUUUCAAGACUUUGCUAAUGCUGCUAAGAAGCUAGCUAAUCAUGCUAUCAAGCUUGGCGGAUUAGGAUUUGGUACCACUUUUCUUCAAUGGAUCGCUUCUUUUGCUGCAAUUUAUCUAUUGAUCUUGGAUCGAACGAACUGGAAAACGAACAUUCUUACUGGACUAUUAAUCCCCUACAUUUUCUUUACUCUUCCUUCAAUAUUGUUCAACGUGUUCAGGGGACAGAUUGGAAGAUGGAUCGCUUUCGUUGCUCUUAUAUUGCGUCUUUUCUUCCCAAAACAUUUCCCAGAUUGGCUUGAAUUGCCUAGUGCUUUGAUUCUUCUAAUAGUGGUGGCUCCCAGUUUGUUUGCGAGCACGAUAAGGAAUGAUUGGAUUGGUGUGGUCAUAUGUUUAGUCAUUGCAUGUUAUUUGCUCCAAGAACACAUCCGGGCAUGUGGCGGGUUUAGAAACUCCUUCACAAAAGCUAAUGGCAUAUCCAACAUUGUUGGCAUAAUACUUCUGUUUGUUUAUCCUGCCUGGGCAAUUGUGCUUUAUAUCCUUUAAGCACAGUACCUCAGCAGGUGCUCAUUGUAUCCAUGUCAGCAGCUUUCUUGGUUUAUGAUUGUUUUGUUGUACUAUCAGUUUGUUGAGACGUUAAAAUUCGCUGUGGUUGAUGUGUUAUCGAGUCUAUCAUUCAGUUAUGUAUGGACAUUUAUGUAGAAAAUCACUCUGUUUGAUGGACAAACACUCUGUUUGAUGGACAAACUUUGAAGGAUCCUUGUGUUGUUCUAACCUGUAAUAAAACAAAUUAUAUGUUGUGUCCCCCA